GCCAUGUGUAUCGAAUUAAACAAGAUUCAUUUCAGAGUACUUUCAUUUACCCCAAAAGAAUCCAACCCCACGUCGACGUCGGCAAUAGGAAUGCAUUCCAUACUUCUCCCAUAAACAACAAUAUUCAUGAAUAAGGAUCAUUUCUCAUUGUUGAUUUUUUUUAUAAGUACUGUUUUGCUUUAAUCGAUUCCAAAGUUUGCUCUUCAAUUUAUUUUCGACAUCUUCCGGCGUUCUCCCUUAGGGUUCCCGUUUCCUCUCAUCUUUUUGGUUUUUGUGCAUACAGUCCUUCAUCCUUUCCCGUGCGAUUAUCCUUUCCCUUGUGUUUAUGAUAACAUAAUCUACGUUAUAACUUGCUUAAGAAAAUGUAUAUGCAAUUUAUUAGAUUAUUAAGUAAAGUUUAAUAUAUAUCAACCGAGACAACAUUCAACGUUAAACUGUAGAACAUCCUCAAUAUAUGAUAUUGGCGAUUCCUUUCAAUAUUAGUAAUCACUUGUUAAUUGUUCUCUGCCUUGCAGGUUUUACGGUAUACAUUCCUUGAUCCUUGUGCUUUUGAUGAGGUUUAAGUGCUAUCAAUUUCGUUUCAUGCUCUCUGACUGAAGUAAGUUGUUGCAAAGUUGUAAACUAAAUAUUGAGAGGAUCUUUCUUUCAUACAGUUAUGAUGGGGCGGAGAUGUUAGUUACUUGAUGUGGGCUGAUUAGUUGAAUGGUGGCUUUAUGUGAUGUCAUCCCCAUGGUUUUGUGUUUGGAAAGUUAGUGGUUUGGUAAUUAGGGAAUAGAUGUGUUGGAAAUGAGAGUAGCAGUUGAAUUUGUCUGCCCUGUUAAGAAGAUGGUUUGUAAUUAUCAGCCUUUUAUGUUGUAGAAAGUUACAUAGUGAAGAAUGGAUGAUCUUUCUGAUUUUUUGGUUGGCAAGAAUACGAGUGAAGUGGCUGUUUCGCGUUUUUUUAUCCUUUCUUGCUUUCUAGCUGGUCUUGUUGGUAUCUUGACUAUAUUAUUCACUGCUUUUCAAUGGAGAAGAAAUAUCAAUUUGACUUGGAUGAAGGCUGUAGCAAGAUCCAAAAAAAAUCCAAAGGCAAAAAACAAAGCUCCUGAAGCUGCACAUAAUUGGAUUUUGGAGUGUGUUACCCGUGCAAAGAAUUGGAAUUGUUGUGUAUGUUUAAAAUCUUUUUCUCCUUCUCAAACUCUAGGACCGAUGGCGGCUUCAGACAAUUUUAUCAACCGAUGUAGCGUUUGUGGAGCAGCUUCUCACCUAGUUUGCUCUCCGAAUGCACAUAAGGAUUGCAAGUGUAUUUCGAUGCUAGGAUAUGAGCAUAUUGUUCACCAAUGGGCUAUUCGGUGGAUAGAGAUUACAGAUCAAACUGAUGAAACUUCUUUCUGCAGCUAUUGUGAAGAGCCAUGCAGUGCGUCUUUUCUUAGUGGAUCUCCUAUAUGGUGCUGUCUAUGGUGCCAAAGGCUAGUGCAUGUUGAUUGCCACACCAACAUGUCUAAUGCAUCAGGAGAUGUAUGUGAUCUUGGUCCGUUGAGACGAUUGAUUUUGUCUCCGCUGUGUGUCAGGGAAUUGGGCCGCUCAUCUUCUGGUGGAAUUUUGAGCUCAAUUACUCAAGGGGCGAAUGAAAUUGCUUCCACUGUACGGGGACGUAUGAGAAGUCAAAGCAAAAGGCAAAAAUAUAAAAAUAGUUCCUCAGGUGAUCCAGUUGAUGGUGGUAAGGCUUAUAAUAUGUCCACUGAUACUCCAAGUACCGAUGUCACAAUUAAUGGAUUUCAUAGUUUUGAGGACAAUCAUAAUGGUGAUUGUAAUGCAGCAAAUCAAAAUUGUAAUGGAGAUGUAGAUAAGCAUACUGAACUAAAAUCUGAUCUUAAGAAAAGUACAUCAUUUUCUCAGAAAGAUGACCAUGUUGUUCAAAACCUAAGAUAUGCCAUUCUUGAUCUUCCGGUUGAUGCAAGACCUAUUUUAGUGUUCAUAAAUAAAAAGAGUGGAGCGCAGCGCGGUGACUCGCUUCGUGUGCGGUUGAACAUGCUACUUAAUCCAGUUCAGGUUUUUGAGUUGGGUCCAAAUCAAGGGCCUGAGGUUGGCUUGUACAUGUUCCGAAAAGUGCCACACUUCCGAAUUCUUGUUUGUGGUGGAGAUGGAACUGUAGGUUGGGUUCUGAACGCUGUAGAUAAACAGAAUUUUAUUUCUCCUCCUCCAGUUGCAAUUCUCCCAGCUGGAACAGGAAAUGAUCUUGCAAGAGUUCUUUCUUGGGGUGGUGGGCUGGGAUCAUUAGAGAGACAAGGAGGACUUUGUAGAGUAUUGCAGGACAUAGAGCAUGCUGCAAUGACUAUUCUGGACCGAUGGAAGAUAUCAAUAUUGAAUCAGCAAGCAAGAGAACUUCAACCCCCCAAAUUCAUGAAUAAUUAUCUAGGAAUAGGUUGUGAUGCAAAAGUUGCUCUAGAUAUACAUAAUCUAAGGGAAGAAAAUCCUGAGAAGUUUUACAGUCAGUUUAUGAACAAAGUCCUCUAUGCUAAAGAAGGUGCAAAGAUUAUCAUGGAUAGAAUCUUUGAAGAUUUUCCUUGGCAGGUUCGUGUGGAGGUAGAUGGUGUUGAAAUCGAAGUACCUGAGGAUGCAGAAGGUGUUCUUGUAGCAAACAUUGGAAGUUACAUGGGCGGAGUGGACUUGUGGCACAAUGAGGAUGAAAAUUUUGGCAAUUUUGAUCCCCAGUCGAUGCAUGAUAAGAUUUUGGAAGUUGUGAGCAUAUCAGGAACAUGGCAUUUGGGAAAGCUUCAGGUAGGACUUUCUCGAGCACAAAGACUUGCACAAGGGCAAAACAUCAAGAUCCAGUUGUUUGCUGCAUUGCCUGUUCAGAUAGAUGGGGAACCAUGGUUGCAAGAACCUUGUACAUUGUACAUAUCUCAUCAUGGCCAGGCGUUCAUGUUGAAGAGAGCAGCUGAGGAACCUCUUGGCCAUGCUGCUUCUAUACUCACAGAUAUUUUAGAAAAUGCAGAAUCAAGUCAAGUUAUCAACACCGCACAAAAACGAGCUCUUCUGCAAGAAAUGGCGUUACGACUGUCCACAUAGAUGAUGUCUCGUAAUGUUACUGGUUGGUUGUGGUGAGUUUUUUUUUGUGGCUGUGUAUAGUUGGCUUGUCUUCUGUAUGUUGUAGGUUGCUGGGUUUGUACUUUGUAGGAUUCUCUACUGUUGUGUUUUAAGGGAAAAUUUUGUCACCCUUUUCCCUUGACUCCCAAAAGCAUAAUUAUAUAUAAGAUGUACAGAAUUUUUGUUUUUGGACUGUGAUAAUAGUGGUUUCAAUUUUAGAAUCCUUAAAGAUGCUCUCAUUACUAACGAUGGCAAAAAAAAUAAAAUAAAAAUAAAAGCUUGCUUGUAUUAUUGUAUAUCCAAGCUAUUUCGCUAGGUCUUAACUUUUUAAUCUUGUCAGUUGCUUGUUUUUGAGAGAUUUUAGCUGGCCUUGUAAAGGAUAAACUGGGCAAACUAAGAAGAAAUAGGUGCAGAUGUGUUCUUUUACAUAUGCAAAUAUUUUAAUGUGUUAAUUCGUUUGACUAUUAUAAUUAUUGUAAUUAUUUACUUUAAUAUUAUAAGUGAUCACUUUAAGGCUAUAAAUAAUCACUUAAAGAUAGUGUGUGUAUAAUAUUGAAUCAGUCCAAUAAAAAUAAUUUUAUCGUGAAACUGUCUCAUGGGAGAAUUUGUGUAUGCUUCAACAUAUCACUAUUUUACAUAACAAUAUGUUGAAAAUCAAAAGUACAAUGUCAAACAAAUGAAUAACCUAUUUUCACUUCUAAAAACAUGUUCAAGUAAGGAAUACAUGUUAUUGUUAUUGUUAUUUUACUCGGCGGCACU